AUGUCAGCAGCCAUGUCUUGUUGUAACAGUGGGAAUGUUUUAAUUUUACCUAUCGAUGGAAGCCACUGGGUGAAUAUGAAGAUACUAAUUGAGGACAUGCACUCCAGGGGACACAACAUCACUGUGAUAAGGUGGGACAGCAGCUGGUACAUUACAGAAAAGUCUCCCCACUACACUUCAAUCACCCUUCAUGACACGGCUGGCACAGACAAGACCUUCUUUGAGAAGUUCUUGAUUCAGUUAAUUGAAGUGCAACGAGGGAAAAGAUCGCUAACUACUUUUUUCAAACUGCAGAUAAACUUCUUCUCCAUGAUCUCUGAAGCGCAUCUCAAUAUGUGCACAUUGGUUAGUGAUAUUCUCGAAAAUAAGGAGCUGGUGAAAAGGCUGCAGGAUGCUCAUUAUGACAUGUUUCUCACUGACCCAGCCAUAGCAGGAGGCGUUCUAUUGGCCCAUUAUCUUCAGCUACCAUUGGUUAUGAAUGUUCGCUGGAUCACUAGCGGGGAAGGCCACUUCGCCAUUGCCCCCUCACCCUUAUCCUACAUCCCAGUUCCAGGAACGGGCUUCUCUGAUAAAAUGAGCUUUUUUGAAAGGGUGAGAAAUGUACUGUUCUAUGGCAUCAUCCUAUACCAGCAGUCCUUUGUGAUCGGGCCACAUUACAAAUGUAUGUGCGAGAAAUACUUUGAAACACCAUGCGAUAUACAAACUCUUAUUCAGGGAACAGAUAUAUGGCUCAUGAGAAAUGAUUUUGUCUUUGACUUCCCACGCCCAACAAUGCCCAAUGUUGUGUACAUGGGAGGGUUCCAGUGUAGGCCUGCUAAGCCUCUUCCCCAAGACCUGGAGGAGUUUGUGCAGAGCUCUGGAGAACAUGGAAUCAUUAUUAUGUCACUGGGGACUUUAGUUGGUCACCUUCCUCAUGAUAUAGCAGUAGAGAUAGCUGCUGCUUUUGCCCAACUGCCUCAGAAGAUCAUCUGGAGGCACACAGGAAAAAGGCCAGAGACUCUAGGUAACAACACCCUAUUGGUCAAAUGGAUGCCACAGAAUGAUCUUCUGGGACAUCCAAAGACCAGAGCCUUUGUGGCACAUGGAGGAACCAAUGGAGUUCAGGAGGCCAUCUACUAUGGAAUGCCAGUACUGGGAAUUCCAUUAUUCUUUGACCAAUACGACAACCUCCUUCGACUAAAAAAAAGAGGAGCUGCUCAGAUCCUUGAUAUAGGCACUUUAAACAAAGACAACUUCCUCCAGGCCUUACAGGAAGUGCUUCAUGAACCAUCCUACAGGAUGAACAUGCAGAGACUCUCCAGGCUGCAUCUGGACCAGCCAAUGAAACCACUGGACCGUGCAAUGUUCUGGAUUGAGUUUGUCAUGAGACACAAAGGUGCUGCUCACCUGCGCACAGAGUCCUACAGGAUGCCCUGGUAUGCCUACCACUCUGUGGAUGUUAUAACGCUGCUGCUGGCUGCUGUGUUUGUUAUAUUGCUGUCUGCUGUUGCUAUCAUCAGAUUUUUGUGCUGCAGGACAAGAAAAAUUAAAUCUGAUUGA